AUGGCCCAAGCCGACGGCUCGACGGUCGAGCUGGCCAGUGACGACGAUCUCAUCGAGAUUGAUGCCACACCAGCGACCCGAAGCCGCAACAAUCUUGCGUACCUGCUGAAUCCCCUCCUCCCCUUCUCGCCCACACCCUUCUUCGAUCCUUUGAGCAGGAGAAGCGAACGCAGGCAGGCCGAGUCGAAUAGGCAGACGGCCGCCGGGGCCGGUGACACGACGGUCAUCGACUUGACGCAGGAGCCCGAGGAUGUCGACGCUCCAUCUCAGCAACCGGCGAUGCCGCGGUCCCGAAUGGGCAGCAACCCGCGGAGAACGCAAUCACAACGGGCGUCCGCUCCGCGGCUGGCGAGGAGCGACAGCACGACAAUCACGCCGUCGGCCGUCAUCGAUCUCACCGUCGACUCGCCGGAAGAUCGCCGUCAGGCGGACAUGACGAACCAACUUCGCGCUCGUCCUCCCUCUCACCAUCACCAUCACCACCACCACCACCGGCAAGGGGACCACCUCAUCGGCGUGCAGCUCUCCAAUUCCGGGCUGUACUAUCACGGCAUGAUGCAGACCGUUCGCCGCAUCGGUGGCUUGCUUGGCUCCGAGCUGUUCCGCGACGGCUUCAACUCGACAUUCGACUUUGGAGGCUCCUUCACCCCGGGCGAGGCGAGCCCGAAGCCGCCGAUGGAAGAAACGCCGUCGACUCGUCCUGGAUACACCCGAGACACGUGCGCCAAGGCCGAAGAGGGCCUGGAAAUGGUGGCCAUAUGUCCGGCCUGUAACGAGGAACUGGCCUACGAUCCCGCCGGCCCGUCCGUCCCAAGCUCCACGCCGGGCGGCAGAAGGAAAAAGAAGGCGGCGGGGGAGCACCACUUCUGGGCGCUCAAGAAAUGCGGCCACGUGUACUGCGCCGACUGCUUCGAGAACCGGAAGCCAACCAAGGCGCAGCCCGACGGUGUUGGCUUCCGGGGCGCCGGAGCCAAACUCCCCAGCAGCGCUCCCGGGGACCUGACGUGCGCCGUCGAGCAAUGCGACACGAGGGUCACGGCCAAGACGGAGUGGGUCGGCAUAUUCCUGUGA